AUGGCAAAGAGCCCUGCCAAGCCGCAGAACCUCGACUCGUUCUUCAAACCUCCUCCCUCGAACAAACGCACCGCCCCACUUCCCUCGACUCCCAGCAAAGCGCGCAAGACUAUUGGCGGAGACGUGAAGGACGGCAAGGGGAAGGGAAGGGCAGUGCAGGACCUGGGCAAAGUCGUCCUGGACGAUUCAGACGAGGACGAGCGGAUGAACGGCCAGGACGAGGAGGACGACGGCGACGACUUGGUCAUCGUCGAGCCGGACGGGGCGGGAGAGAAGCAGAUCAGGUUGGGAAAGGUCAAGGAAGAGGUGGACGAGCCAAAGCCAGCCAAACCGCCGCCUCCCGUCGCCUCCAUCUUCCAGAAACGCACACCUGCCUCUCCCAAAUCUCCCGCCAAAGUCAAUACGCUCCUCUCGUCGCCCAAAGUCGAAGUCGAUGCAGACACAAAGCCCGACAUCAAGCCGUCGCCGACGAAGAACAUCGCUAUCUUCGAUACCGCCGCAGCAUCCUCCUCAACGGCCGCAGGAUCCGAGGCGGGGCCGUCUUCCAGCACGUCCAAGCCGCUUGAUACGCCUCUCUUCACCUUCUCCCCAACGCAAGACGUCUCGUUUGGCUCGCACACCCGCGUACCCUUCAGCUUCCUCUCCGACGCCCUUGUCCUGAUCAGCAGCACCAAGUCGCGGCUCUUCAUCCAGCUGGUCUUGACCAACCUGCUCAGGACCGUCAUCGAGCUCGACCCAGAGAGCCUCCUCAGCGUCGUUUACCUUUGCAGCAACCGGAUCGGCCCUUCGUACGAGAAGGACACGGAGCUUGGGAUCGGUUGGCAGGUGCUGAGCAAAGCGAUCAAGGAGACGUCAGGCGCGACUGCUCAGAAGCUCAAGCAGCUGUCGAACAAGCAUGGCGAUCCCGGAGACAUCGCUUUCGAGGCGUCGAAAAGCGUCCGACUCCUCGUCAAGCCUACUCCGCUCGAGUGCCACGGGGUCUACAAGAUCCUCACGCAGAUCGCCAAGCUUAAAGGUACUGGCGUCCUCAAUCAGAAAACCUCGCUCGUCAAGAAGCUUCUCCUCUCCUCGUCUGGCGAACAAGUUCGCUACAUCGUCCGCAUCCUGGUCUCGAACCUCCGCAUCGGCGCCGUCCGCCUCACUCUCCUCACGGCUCUCGCUCGCGCUUUCUGCCUCUCGAGGCCUGGGAGAAAGGAGCCAUCCGAGGAGAGCGAGUACUGGAUUACGGCGAAGGAGCGGAAGGAGAUGGCAAAGGUCGACAGGGAGGAAGAGGAGAAGGCGAGCGCGAAGAAGGCAAAAGGCGGGAAGGGGAAGGCUAAGGAGGAAGAGGGCGGCGGAAAAGCGGCGCCGAAGAUCAAGAACAAGCCGAAAGCGCAGAAGGGGCAGCUCGAGCUCGAGGUGGACGAGAAGCUCAAGCGGGCGGAGGCGUGCGUGAGGAGGGUUUGGGCAAGGCAUCCGAACUUCGGGCACCUCGUCGAGGCGUUGCUCGAGGGCGGGUUGGAGGAGUUGGAGGAGCGCGUGGGCUUGAGUGUCGGCGUUCCUCUCGAGCCCAUGCUCGGCUCCAUCACCCGCUCGCUGGACGACAUCUACACCCGUCUCGGCUCCCGCCCCUUCGUGUCCGAAGCCAAGCUCGACGGACAGCGCGGCCAGAUCCACGUCUGGGUCGGCGAUUCGCGCCCUGGAGGAGUUGCCGAAGGCAGCGGGAAAUGGUUCGUCGACGAGGAGUCGGGCAGGCGAGCGUGGGUCAGGAUGUUCUCGCGUCAUCUCGAGGACAUGACGGAGAAGUACCCUGACAUCGGCGGGACGAUCUUGGGCAUCCUCGCUCGAGCCGAAAUGUCCGAGACGCCCUUGCGCAACUUUGUCAUCGACUGCGAGGUUGUCGCAAUCGACCCAAAGACGGGCGCCUUCAAGACUUUCCAGGAGCUGUCCUACCGCUCGAAGAAGGACGUCGAGCUGGGCGACAUCAAGGUCCGCGUCGGCAUCUACUGCUUCGACCUCAUGUUCCUCAACGACGAGUCCCUCCUCUCCCGUCCCUUCCGGUCCAGGCGCGACACGCUCCGCAGCCUCUUUCCGCCGCUUCAGCCGACCGACCCUCGCUUCGCUAAAUGGGAGCUCAUUCCUUGCUGCACCGACAACGACCCGGAGAAGGUCCGCGAGUUCUUCGAAGAAACGCUGAAGAUGAAGGCCGAGGGCAUCAUGGUCAAGUUGCUGGACGAAGCGGAGGUUGAAGUUACCGAUGCGGGAGAGGGAGAGAACGGCGCGAGUGGAGCAGACGGCCAGGACGAGGAGAUCGACUACGCUUCCGGCGGAGAGGCGUCGAGUAGCCGUUCGCGCUCAUCGUCCAACUCGCCGCGUCCUCAGCCGAAGAACGGCAAGACCGGCGGCAAGUCUCGUCGCAAGGUCCUUCCUGCGUCUUACGAACCGGACAAGCGCGCCGACUCGUGGCUCAAGGUCAAGAAGGAUUACCUCGACGAAGUUGGCGAUUCGCUCGACCUUGUUCCCAUCGCCGCUUGGUGGGGCCAGGGGCGGAAAGCGGGCUGGUGGAGCCCUUUCUUGCUUGCGUGCUACGACGAGGAGACGGGCGCCUACACCGCUGUCACAAAGUGCUUGUCUGGCUUCACCGACGCCUUCUACAAGGAGAUGCGCGAGAAGUACAACCCGGAACCCGAGAAUCCGCUCACGAGCAAGACUCCCUGGCCAGAAGUCGAAGCUGGUUCGCUCUCGCCCGACAUCUGGUUCAAGCCGAGCGAGGUGUGGGAGAUCCGCGGCGCCGACUUCACCCUUUCGCCGGUCUACCCCGCGGCCCGCUCUCAACUCGGCAACGAGCGUGGCGUCUCCAUCCGCUUCCCUCGCUUUAUCAAGAUCCGCGAAGACAAGGGAAUCGAGCAGGCGACCUCGGCGGAACAGCUCGCCCAGCUCUACGAAAUGCAGGGCGCUCCAGCGGGUGACGGAGGAGCGUCGAAGCGUGUGCAGGGCGACGAGGCGGACGAGGCUUGA